UGAGGUGAGGGAAUUCUCAGGCUGCUCUGGGGGAGUUGUCUAUACAGAAGUGUCAUGGCGGCGUUGGCAGUGUUAUGAGUUGGUGACUGGCAGUAUUGUGUGCACAUGUUGGCGGGGAUAUGGAGGGCCGGGGCCUGCGCUGGUGGCAGCUCGGCCUGUCCGUUCUGGCGCUGUUGCUUAUGAGAGGGGUGGUGGCCGGGCUUGUGGAGCACGAAGCACUGGGGAGAGCGGAGGAGCUGCAGGAGAGCAACGCCAUCAGUUCUCUGGCCCCGGGAGGGUUCGGGGCGGCUGCAGCCUUCCCGGCCGCGGAUGUGACGGUGGAGGAUGACGAGGCCUCAGCGGAGCCGGAGGAGGGCCGGGAGAGAACCAGAGCAAGGUCUUUGGUCAUAAUCAGUACAUUGGAUGGUAGAAUUUCAGCCCUGGAUCCCGAGAAUCAUGGGAGAAAGCAAUGGGACCUGGACGUGGGGUCGGGGUCUCUUGUGUCAUCUAGUCUUAGUAAACCAGAGGUAUUUGGUAAUAAAAUGAUUAUCCCCUCUCUGGAUGGAGAUCUCUUUCAGUGGGAUCGGGAUCGAGAGAGUAUGGAAGCCGUUCCGUUCACAGUGGAGUCUCUUCUUGAGUCGUCCUAUAAGUUUGGUGAUGAUGUUGUGUUGGUCGGUGGAAAGUCCCUUACGACCUAUGGGCUGAGUGCGAGCAGUGGCAAGGUGAAAUAUGUCUGCUCAGCGAUGGGCUGCCGUCGGUGGAAUGAAGAAGAUGUUGAGCAGGAUGAUGUUCUUUUGUUGCACCGGAAGCAGAAAACUGUGCGUGCUGUGGGGCCUCGCAGUGGGAGUGAGAAGUGGAAUUUUAGCGUUGGGCAUUUUGAGCUGCGCUACAUCCCAGAUGUUGACCCAGUAGUGGGGUUUAUUGGAGGCCAACUGGAAGCCAGCGGGGGCACAGACGAGUCCAAAAUCAUUUCUGAUGUUGAUGAGCAGGAAACUGGGACAAAUGAUGUCGUCAUCAAGGUGUCUGUCGCUGAUUGGAAGGUCAUGGCCUUUAACAGGAACCUGGGAAACCUAGAGUGGGAGCACCAGUUCUGCACUCCAAUUGCUUCAGCCUGGUUGGUCAGAGAUGGUAAGGUCUUACCUAUCAGUCUCUUUGAUGACACAAGUUAUUCAUCAAAUGAGGAUGUUCUGGAAGAUGAGGAAGAUAUUGUGGAAGCAGCUAGAGGAGCUACAGAGUCCAGUUUUUACUUGGGAAUGUAUCGUGGGCAGCUGUAUCUGCAGUCAUCUGUCCGAGCGUCUGAGAAAUUCCCAGUUAAUCCCACAGCCCUGGAUACAAUGAAGGAUAAGCAUGCCAUUAUAUCACUGCCAAGAAUCAAAUGGAAGCCACUGAUUCGUAACCGGGACACCCGCACCCAUAUGGACCUGCACAUGGGGACUCCAAAUGAGGAGUACAGCAAUGGGGCAUUGUCUGUUCUGCAGUAUCCAUAUGACAAUGGUUAUUACCUGCCGUACUACAAGAGAGAACGCAGCAAGCGGGGGACUCAGAUCACCAUUGGGAUUCUGGAGAACCCGAACUUCAAGAACAUCCGGAAGAAAGAUCCCAUUCUACUGCUGCACUGGUGGAAGGAGAUAGUGGGCACCAUCUUGCUGUGUAUCGCGGCCACCACCUACGUGGUACGCAAGCUGUUCCAGCCUCACCCACACGGUAUGAGACAGGAAUCUGAGACUCAGUGCCAGACUGACAACAAAUACGAUUCCGUGAAUGGAGACCUUGCUGACAACAGGGGUGAAUACAGCUGUGGAUACGUGUCACGGUAUCUCACAGACUUUGAGCCUAUUCGGUGUUUAGGCCGAGGUGGCUUUGGGGUGGUGUUUGAGGCCCGGAAUAAAGUAGAUGACUGCAAUUAUGCCAUCAAAAGAAUUCGCCUCCCGAACAGGAGACUGGCCAGAGAGAAGGUGAUGAGGGAGGUAAAAGCUCUCGCCAAGCUGGAACAUCCUGGGAUUGUGCGCUACUUUAAUGCAUGGAAGGAAGAGCCUCCGGAGCUGUGGCAAGAAAAAAUGGAUGAACUGUGGCUGAAGGAUGGAAGUACGGAUUGGCCCUUCAGCUCCCCCACUCCGGUAGAUGGGCUUUCUAUCAAAAUUCGGAGUAGUGAUGUUCACUCCGUGAAGGAGCAUGUAGAGGUCUUCACCCCUUCAUCAGAGAGCCAGAGCUCCCUAUCCACAGAGUUUGUUGCCGUUAAUGCCGGUGCACAUCGGAGACGGUCGUUUCCUCACCAUUUUUCUACUGACAGUGACCUCAACGGGUCAUUUGAGGCCAUGGUGAAUCUGCAGGACAGUUCCCUCACAGACUGUGAUCUGGAUCACAGUGCAAUGGAUGGUGGUAAGGAUGUUGUGUAUGGAUACAACCCUCGGGGAAGACAGGACAUUAGCUACCAUGAGAGGACAUCAUCCUCCAUUGUGUUUGAAGACUCAGGUUGUGAUAACGCCUCCAAUAUUGUUGACAAUAGAACGGACGUGUCUGUCGUUGUUACAACCAGUGAUUUCUCGCACAGAGACUCUGGAACGAAGGACUCCAUUGAAAGUAAACCCACUUCCGCAAGCACUUUGUCAACGUCUCCACCCAGACCAAAAACCUUAAACUUGGACCUCACUAAGAACACUACAGAGAAGCUGAACCCCAGCUCUCCCAAGGUGUACCUCUACAUUCAGAUGCAGCUGUGCCGCAAGGAGAACCUCAAAGACUGGAUGGAGGCACGCUCCACAUUGGAGGAACGGCCUCAGGAUGAAAGCCUCCAUAUUUUUCUGCAAAUUGCAGAAGCCGUUCAGUUCCUACACAGCAAGGGUCUGAUGCACAGGGACCUGAAGCCUUCCAAUAUAUUCUUUACAAUAGACGAUGUAGUAAAAGUUGGGGACUUUGGGCUAGUAACCGAGAUGGACCAGGAAGACGAUGAAGAAGCAGCUUUGACGCCAAUGCCGGCAUAUGCUCGACAUACUGGGCAAGUCGGGACCAAACUGUACAUGAGCCCAGAACAGGUAUGUGGAAAUUGUUUUGUUUUGCUGCUUACUUUGAACGAGGAGGAAUGUUCACAGAUGUAUCGUGCUCAUUUCCUGAUGUUGGAGCCUUCUGCUGAACUGAGAUCUGGGAUUGGCCAGUCUAUGGUGGCACUCUAUUUAAACAUAAUCAGCCAGUGCCGCAGGGCUUGUGAUAGCGAUUCCUGGAUGAUCAAGAGCACUUCUAUAUUAACCGACAUCCGCGAUUUGAAGUUUCCUGCCUUGUUUACACAGAGAUACCUGCAAGAGCAAACCAUGGUCCAGCAUAUGCUCUGCCACAACCCCAGUGAGAGACCCGAGGCGGAGGAAAUAAUAGAAAACCCUUUGUUUGAGAGUAUAGAAGUUCCUGGCAAACUGACUCUUAGACAAAGAUCCCGAACACUGAGCACCUCAGGUCUGAAGAAUCUGAAGAAUUCCAUCAAGUGAACACACCUCGUAUAAAUUCCGUGUCCGACAAGAAUGACUGCCAAACCGGACUGUAUCAGUUAUGAGGUUGU